AUGACCCGUUAUAAGAACACUCUGUUGUACGGCGGGGCAUUGGUUUCUGACCUGCCCGAGAAGUUUGCCGAUGUCAGCAAACUAAGACAGGUACCGGACAACCAGGAAGUCUACAUCGACCAAGAUGGGUUCACCAGCAUUAUCUUCGACAUCACGGAACGCGUAGGCCCCUCUGGCACUGGUCCAGAGAUAGAUGGCCGCGCCCUCACAACACACCUCGAGGAGCUGGUAGGCUCUGAAGUGGACACUGUCAAGGUGUGGAACACGACAGAAACCCAGUUCUCUCGUAUUGGCGAGGACAUUCCCGCCUACACCCUGAUCGCGACACAGACCCCCCGUGCCGAGUCUGGAGACAGGUCGUCUUCGCCCGACUUCACGGCGAUUAUUUUGACCUUACUGCGCCUCGAAAAAGAAUCGACGGACAUCCUCAUCACGAUCAACGUGCCUCACAUUAGGGGCGAGUACAAUGAAGAGGACGUAGAUCUCGAGUUGGGAAAGCAGGGCAAGCUGAUCGGAGAUGCGGUUGAUUAUGCUGCAAGGGUCUGGGAGACCUUCAAAGUCAAAGACUGGACCCUUUUUGGGGAAGUCUGA